AGUUAGGAGUAGGGAACAGUUUAAGCGACCAGAAGAAGAAAUCACAGUUUAGACGCCGAUGGCCGACGACGAGGGGGUGAUAGCGGCCGCGGAAGAGGAGUCGCUGACCGCGCCGCUGCUUGAGCCAGUUGCGAGCCCGCGUGACCCGUCCGUGGAGGUGCGGCUGUACCGGCGGGGCGCCGGCCCGGUCGCGGUCUUCCGGUCGGGCCUGGCGGGGCCCCGUCGGGACCGCCUCGACGUGCGCCGCAUCCAGGCCGAGCACGAGCUACGGGCGCUCUUCGCCUUCAAGGCCGAGGGCUCCCGGCGCGGACUCCGGAUCCGGCCCGACCCGGCCGCUGGCUACUCCGCGCUGCCCUUCCGCGACGGCGCCGUCAUCGCCCUCGACGGCGAGCCCAAGGAGUCGUGGACGAAGCCCGUGUCGAUGAUCGUCGCCGGCUUGCUGGUGCCGGCGGUGAUGGCGUUGAUAGCGGUGAAGGGGGUGCCGGAGCCGCUGCGGUCGUCGAAGGUGGUCAACGGGGUCUUCACGCCGUGGAUCCUCGUCAGCGCGGUCAUCAUCUUCGCUCGCGUCAGGACGCGCCCAAGGGCUCCAUGAAUAGAAGGCGGCCAACCUACAGAUCGCUCUAGCCCAUAUCCGUUCCUCUCCUAUGUCUGUCGCAAAAUUCAGUGCCUAGAUGGAAUCAGUUUUGAUGUGUGUUCAGCAAAAUGGUAUUGGAUUAUGUUUGAUGAAAAUGUUUGUUUGGAUACCUAAGUACAAUAAAUUCACAGGCAGGCUUUGGAUGGAUCCUUCCUUUUUCAUUCAA